AAUUUAUUAAUCCCAGACUAACAGGGAGUAUCCCAGAGGCAUCAACCUCUGUUAAAUUGGGAAUGAACCCAAAGCCGCCUAUAGAAAGUUCUGCAAAAGUUAUUUGGGCAUUUGCAUCUUGUAAAGGUAGCAUGUAAACUAGAUUUCUCAGUGAUACUGAUAAAGAUAUCCACAUUGGUAUUUGAAACAAUAUUAAUAAACUGGCUUUAAAUGGAUGACAGUUGUCCCUAACUACUAGUUUAUUCCAUUGCUUCCUAAUCUGAAAACUGUUACAUUUAUGCUACAUUUCUACUAUUAAAUCAACGGUUACUUACCGAUCUGUUAUAAACUAAUUUUGCUUUUUUCUCAUCCCAUUUAUACAACUUAAUGGCGACAGCAGUUUCCUUGCGUAGCUCUUUAGCUAUUUCAGGCAUUUCAAGUUUUAAAUUCUCCAAUUUUGCUAAUAUAUAAUUCUGAUAGACAGCUAGUGGUAAAGUUACGCAACUUCUUAAUAAUAUCGUUGUACAUACUAUAGUAGCCCACCAAGGCAGUCCAGAAGUAUCGUGGAAGGAUAAUAAAAAAUUUUGGAUAUAUUCCACAGGCGUACUUUCUGAUAAAGAUUUGAAUAUUCCCGUUUGGGUUUUAGCUAUCGAUUCUACUGUAUUUUGAAAUGAAAAAUUCCUUUUUUGAAUACUCUUAUUUCUAUCGUCCAGCCGGCUUUCAAAUAAUACGGAAUGUUUUAUAUAAAAAUUAUGGUUACUGCAUAACCUUAAACUUUGAUUACUUAACCUAUAAAUGUUCCAUCUAAAUAACAUUUUCACUCACCAUCAUACUAUUUUUGUACUUAAAAAAGAUAAAUGAAUGUACUGUACAACUUUCAAAAUAUUUUUAUUUUAAAAAUUUAUUUAUAAUUUGCAAAAUGUUAGUCAAUUUUAAUAAUAGACACAGAUAAUAGAUGACAGCACACCACAACAAAAUUUUGUAUAUUUUUAAACCAGUGUUUUGUUGACCUCAUUUCAUUUCUUGAUUUAUAUCAUUUUUAUACCAUUGAAAAUCCUUUUCUCACUCCUACUCAUUAUUUUCAUAUAAAGAAAUAAAUAAAAGUUCCCUUUCUACCUGUACCGGCUUAAAAAACGGAUAGUGUUAUCUCACUUUUAAGCAACAAAAGAUGUAUGCUUUUUCACUUUAGCAAACUUAUAUUUUUGGCGAUGACAUAACGACAUAACCUAUUUUUGAAGGACAGCUGUUUUGACGAAUAUUUUUUGCGUUUUGCAACCGUUUUUACAGUGGCAUUGUAAAAUUCAGUCUUAAAACACAUCAGAAAUGCUUUUAAAUCAUUAAUUUUGCUAGUUUUUACACAGUUCACUAACAAUAAUGAACAAUAAAUAACCAGUUAAUAAUUUCAAGUACAAAUAAGUCGCCUACAAACUCCUAAUUUGGAAUCCAUUAGUAAAUAAACAAGUCAAGUGCAAAUAUCGCACGGAUUAACUGAUCCAAAAAGAAAGUUUCUAUUUUGUUAAUGGUAUUUUAACUGUUAUUGUGCAGUGACAAGAACCAUAAGAGGAUAUACAAUUUAUUCAAAAUUAUAUAAACAUAAUGAUGUAAGGAAGUUUCUCAUGUAGAAAAAACUGUUUUAAACAGUUUUUUUGCCUGAAAAGGGUAAUCGUGUAAACGGAAGUACGGCGGACAUCGAAACAAGCAAAAAAUGGGUCUGAAAAUUUCUACUACAAACUUUGUGAGCAAUGUUACAGGCUUUGUUACAGGAAAAAAACGAAAAUAUUGUGAAUCAGAGGAUGAGGAGGUCAAUAAAGUGAUAGAUAUCGCAUUGCACACGCCUAAAAGGAAAAAACUACUAAGUACUGCAAAAUAUAUAUAUCAAGCAUUGUUUCUGGAGGGUCAGAACUCUGAUGUAACAGUAUGUGCCCUAGGUGAAGAAUUCAAUCUACACAGGGUGUAUUUAUGCCAAAGUCCCUAUUUUGCUAGCAUGUUUGGAGGGUCAUGGCUGGAGACCAAUCAAAAAUACAUAACAAUGGACAUUGUAGAUCCCCUUAUUACAAGAGACUCUUUAAAAGUGGUAUUAGGAUCUUUAUAUAACUGUGAAAUCAUUUUGAAUCCACUAGAAAUUGUACCAAUACUUGCUACAGCAACAAUGUUUCAAUUAGAUGGAUUAAUUGAAAAAUGUACAGAAGUUAUGUUAGAAACAAUUAAUCCAAAAACGUCACUCAAUUAUUACAAUGCAGCUUGCCAGUAUGGUGAUAAAAAACUCCAAGAUGUCUGCUUUAAAUGGUUUUUAGUCAAUUUAAUGCCAUAUUACUUCAGUCAUCCCUUAUCUGAUCUUAAAACCAUUCCAGUAUCAUUGAUGGCAAAAUUAGUAUCUCAUCCUGAUUUGUUUGUUAUACAAACAGAAUAUUCCAUUUAUGUAAUGUUGAAGUAUUGGAUAUAUUUACUUAUAUUUCCUGAUUCAGAUGAACCAUCAAUUGUUAGUGUAAAUGAAUAUUUUUGCUCCAGAACAGAAACAUUACCAUAUCUACUGACUUCUGAAGGCAAACAAUUUCUAUCAGUAUUCCAAGGUCUAAGAUUACAAAAUCUUAUUUCUCAUCAACUUGACGUUUUGCUGAUAUUAAGGGACAAUAUUAUACCAAAAACAUGGCUUGACUCUGUGAUUUUGCAACAGUGGAAAAAUGUGUUGAGGGUUAACCAAAAUGAUGACAAAGGACCCAGUGAAAUAUCUGAUGAAAUAUUUUUGGCAACAAGCUUGAGGUGUGGAAGAGUUUUGACAGUAAAUGAAAGACAUGUAUGGAGAUGGACUGGUUUUCAUUUUGGAGUUGACUUAUUAAUGAUUACUGACGGUUCUUCAAUCUCAAUUAAAAGGAAUCAUAGAUCUGAAUUUGAGCAGCUUUUAAGUUUACAAGCUACCAGACAUAUAGCUCUUAGGGUGAUAGUUACCAAACUAAAUGAACAAAGACAAAUAGUUUAUAGUAAACAAUCGGAAAUACUGAAAAUUUCUCUUACGAAAGGGGAAGAAAUCCAAAUUAUGUCUUUCGACAGAAAUAUCGAAUAUCCCAUUAUUAUAUCUGCAAACAUUUUAUAUACAUCACCUGAAACUCAGGAUUGUAAUCCCAUAGAAGAAAGGCAGCAAAGUAUAUGUUAACAGGUUGAAAUAACAAUAGCUUUUAGAUAUUUGUAUUAAGACUUGAGGAGCACAAAAUGUUAGAGAGAAAACCUACAAAUGUAGCAGCAAUCCCUAUUACAAAAAAUGAGAUUAUACCUAUAGACUUUGAUUUAUGUCUCAAUAUUAUUUAUAAUUCUAGACAAAUGACAUUGACAUUUGAUGUUAAAAAAUUGACAUGAAGUUUUUAAAGACAUUUCAAAUAAAUAUUUAAAGA